AUGGCUCAACAACCUCUCUUCCAACCUUCCCCCGGGGACUCCAUCUUCGUCAAACCCAUCAAUUCAGUCAAUUUUGGCCCUGCGCAUCUCAAACAAUUCACGACCCCUCAAGUUCCCGGCCUGGAAACCUUCCCCAGCAACCCAGCAUUCUCCUUCGUAAUCGAGCACCCAUCAGUGCGUAAGCUGGUCUUUGACCUCAGUGUCGAAAAGGACUGGCAUAACUACGCGCCCAAAAUCGCAGACCAUUGGUACUGGGAUCAUAUCGGCGACCCUUCCACUCCCGGCCCCAUUACAGACCCCAUCGUGGGACCAGGCUUCCAAGACACCAUGCUCCCAGUGUACCUGGCCAACCCGGACUCCUCUAUCCGUGAGACUGACUAUGACUUCUACCUCCUCAACAGCCCUCGCCAUACCAUCGGCUACCUCUGUGGUCUCGCCCGUACAACGACUCACCUCGACAUGUUCGUCCUGGUGAGAAGCAAUAUUGCGCACUAUGCGGAAAUCUUCCGACCGUCGACGUAUCUCCUCUGCCGCAGGCAAUCACCCCAUAUCUCAGGGCGGAGAACAACUGACAGCCUGUUCGAACCGCCCUUCGGGCAUGACAUUCCGUGGGCGAUGGAGAUGAUUGCUAAGCGCGGGAGAUAG